UACUGUCUCUCUCUUACCUAUAUAAUGCUAUAAAGCCCUUUAAGAGCCUACUACGUCCAUAGAAGCUGGUCCCUAUGUACGGUGGGUUAGAUAGAUAGGUAGGGGCUAUAUUUUCAGCUAGACCCUAUCAUAUGAGCACCUGUCCUGCUCUCCUCUUUACACACUCGCAGUCCCGCAGCUCCCGUCUCCACCAUGCGUAAGGACGCUUCCGAUAUCCAACGCCGUAACUACGGCCAUUUCGACACCUUCGAAACAGCACAGGUGCGGCCGUGCGAUGCGAAAAGCUCAGUUGCCCAGAAACGACAAGCCUGCCCGGUUGACGUCGACAUUCUCGAGCCACCGGCGCUGGCCGCCGGCCUGACCAUGCUCAACGUCGCCCACACUACGAACAUUCGCGUCGACGCCUUCGCCGACAAUAUCACCGUGAAUAGCGCCAACCUGCACAUCAACACCUGGCACGACUCGGAGCUGCUCAAGGCGGCGUGCACGUGGUUCCACGUAGCGCCGCACGAUCAGGACAUACAGACGGGCCAGUUCGCCACGCCGGGGGGCGGUUUCGACGGUCCGGCCGAGAAGACGAACGCCGCGCGGAUCACGUUCCCGCACGAGUACGCGCAGCCGCCGCGAGUCAUCGUCUGGCUGAACCAGAUCGACAUGCGCGGCGACCGGAACUGCCGCAUCUUCGCCCGCGCCGACGAGAUCACCCGGGACGGGUUCACGAUCCGCCUCGAGACCUGGGGCGACUCGGUCCUGCACGGGGCGCGCGCGUCCUGGAUCGCGCACCGGAGCGACAUGCGCGGCGUCGCGAGCGGCACGUUCGGCACGACCGACGCGCGGCCGCCCGACAACCCGCAGAAGUACACCAGCGGACGCGCCAGCUUUCCGGCGGGCGCGUUCCGCGGCGUGCCGACCGUGCUCGCGGCGCUGAACGCGCUCGACGUCAAAAGGUUCAACAACUUGCGCGUGCGCCUGCGUACGGAUUCCGCAUGCGAGCACGGAUUCUCGUGGCAUAUCGACAGUUGGGUCGAUACCGCCCUGUAUUCGGGCAGAGCCUCUUUUAUCGCGUUUGACACGUAGCCGGCUUGCUAUUUAUGAUUUGGUACACGCCACGCAGGAUAGGUAUGCGCUUCGGUAGCGGCGGAAGCCGGAGGCUGCGGCGACGAGCGCGGUGCGCAGUGCGCGGUGCGUACCGAAGCGUGUUUAUUGACGACGCGCGUGGCCGCCUGGUCGUCUGUGUAGACAGGGAGGAAGCUGACACAGGACUCCCCGGUCGAAUCUAUCAGAUUCCGACAGUUGCUACAGUACAAUAUCGGGACGUGUAUUGAGUUGAUAUGGAUAGCUUCCCCAUGUAGCUGAGAAUCGGCAGAUCGAAUAACGAGUAAUCGGGGAC